AGGGGCGACAGUCCGUCCAAGAACGUCUCGUACCAAACAAAGAUAUAUAUAUCUAAUUCAUCGGUUGUUUGUUUGCGUGGGAGUUGGAAAACUCCCAAGCAUCUAAUUUAAGCUCAAAGAACGGUAAACAACAGUACUCACUUUACUCAGUUUUUCCUUUUAUUACGAUGAAGAAGUUCUUGAAGGUAGAAAAACCCAGCUUUAUGCGAAAGGUUUAUUUCGUGCUCUUCUUCAUUGUUGUAAACGGAAACCCGAAGACCAAGAAAUACUUAGUUCAAUCUUAUUACCGGGCGAAGAACGGCAAUGGAUUAAAGGGGGCCGGAAAUCUUCUGAGAGUUGGUUUCCCAUUUGGCUCUAACUCAAACCGGCCUAAUCAAGUAUCUUUUACUGGCUCCUGUAGUGAUUCUCCGGCCGAAAUCGAAUUCCAGCCGAUACUCACCAACAGAAACGGAGCUAUCACUGUACGCUUGAAUGCGAACAUUAAUUAUGUGUUAGCAGUUAGAAAUCAAUCGUUGGUGAUUGAGCACCUUAAGAAAACUGGCCAUGACCACGAAUUCGUUCACAGUUGUGUCUCAACUAAAGAUUGUGCGAUUUUUACUUUGAAGAGCUUUAAGUCUUCUUCUUAUGUCAAGACCAAUGAGAAUGGAAACCCAUUAGUUGGUAGUAAUUCUUUGGACGUCACAACAUGGUUUCAGUUGCUAGAGAGUAGUGUUUGUUCAACGAGAUAGAUAGAAUCAGCUAAAUAGCAGAAGAGCAUAUUGUGGUGUGCAAGGCUCUUUCAUCAUGCAUGUAUUUAUUACGAAUUGAAGGCUGCCGGGCAGUCAACUCCUGUAAUCUUCACCGAUUACAGUUUAAUUAAGGAUUCAAUCAUCAUAUAAAGUAUUUUCGUUGUAGAAUUGUUGUAUUCAUGAAAUGCGAGCAUAUCUCUUAGUACUCUCCCUAGAAACGAUAAAUUGGAAUUUGGCUGAGGAUAUCAGUUCCUGAUAACCCAAAGUGCCAUAUUGUUCCUUAGUCGCAGGAGCACCGUGGGCAAUAUGAAGCGAAUCCUGUGGUUCUGAUUGGCCACCCGAGCCGGAAAGAUGUGCCCCUCUUGCCCGCUGGGAAUUGCCCGCUUUGAUCCCGCGCAUGAAAAAAAUUGAUUUCGUACUAAUUUCGUAA